GAUUGGAGGAGGAUGUAAAGCCCCAGUUUAAGUCUCUGCAAUUUUCCACGCCAAGGAUCCCUAGUUCUACUUAGCUAAAUUUAAAUAUGAUAUCAUAAGGCCUUCCAACAUCUUCCUUGCUGUGACUGAAGAAGCAGCAGAAGGCAAACUGAAAGGGUAAGAACCAAGGAAGUCAGUGCAGAAGGAAAUGAAGUGAACAUUAAUUUAAAAGUAAAAUUAAUACAUAAAAUAUCUGAUCAAAGAACUGGACCACUGUUUGACUGAACUACUGAGUGGCCUACUUCUUAGUAUUUAUCUUCACAUUUAAAAAAAAAAUUAAGAAAUAAGACAAUACAGCAAGAAUGACGACCUAUGUGCCAUACUCAACACUUACUAAAGAACACAAAGGAAAAGCAAUGGCAGUCUCCAGAGAAAUGCAUGGAGGCCGUUUAAAUCUUGGUAAGAAAGUAAGUGUCCCCUUGGAUGUGAUGAUGGAAGAGCUGUCCCUCCAGUCCAAUAAAGGAUCUCGCAUGUUUCAGGAAAGGCAAAAGAGAGUGGAUAAAUAUGUCCUUGAGAUGCCUGGACAGGCUGUGAACCACAAUGCCUCUGUUCAGAAUGCAUAUGUCACCCCAACAGUGGUCAGUCCAGGAGGAAAGGAAAAUUAUAGGACAGAGAUAUUUAUCAAUCAACCUACAAGCAAGGGUCCUCUUAAAACAUUCAAAAGAGGAACCAAGGCAUCAGAAGUGACUGUGAAUCCAAACCCCAGCGCUCUUGCUCCAGGUUACUCAGGUCCUCUAAAAAAUGUACCACCAGAGAAGUUUAACCGGACUGUCAUCCCUAAAUCCUACCAAACACCAUGGCAUCAGGCCCUCCUGAAUGAAGGAAAUGUCAUAGAACCUGAGACUAUCCAAAUCUCUGUGCCUCCCGGCAAACAGAGUGAGAUGCACUACAGAUGUUUCAACAGGGCACCAAUUCCAUAUGGUGGUUCAGCAGGCCCCAUAAGAGUGGUUUCUUUUCCUGAGACUCAGAUAUCACAGAUACCUCAGGUGGAGAUGGUACCCAAGAACGAAUGGGAAGAACUUUCAAGAAGGCCAAACUUCAAUCGAGCUCCACGUGGGUGGAUAAUGCAGCAUGUCCCAGAGUCUGGAGACCUGUGAAGAGGACAAUGCAGAAAUGUUCACUGUGUUUUUUUUCUGCUUUAGUGAAGGGGACUGGAACACUGUAGAAGAACAAUGAAAGAUGAUUCUGCCAUGUGGGUUGCUACCCAUAUUAUGCUAACUGCAGCUAUCACCUGCUCUCUGUGCAGUGUCACAAUAAUAAGCAUUUAAUGUGCCUUAUUAAUACAUGUCAUAUACACAAAUAUUUUACAGUGAAAGCAGUGGCUCUAAAUGUUAAAAUAAUGCAAUUCAAAAGGCCAUAGAAUAUAAUGAUUCUGCACUAUCCUAUUUACAGCUUUUAGAAAUCUUCCACAAAGCGCAUUGGCCCAACAUAUAAAAAUGUCUGGCUCUACCACCAGACACUGAACAGUGAUAUUAAUUGCAUAAUUAAGCAAAUAAUUGGAAUAAAUUAGAUCAGACAAAUACUACAAGGAUCAGUCAAAAUAAAUGUGGAAAAAAUAAAAGUUCAGCUUUAAGGA